AUGGAUAAGACAGAGGAAUUCUGGGUGUUGGCUACUCAAAACCAGCCAAAAGACCGAUGUACUAGUCCGAUAGACCCACUGGCCACAGCAAUUAGUCUGGCGACUGAGCAGAGAGAAGCUCUGAUAAGCUGUUAUAAUGCGAUAGAUCGAGCUACUUCAGCUGAAUAUGCUGAAAUAGAAAGAUCAGUUAAAGUGUCUGAAUCUCAGGAAGAGUCAUUAAAAACAGUUUUAGAGUCCAUAAUGACCGAGGAUAAUAGUAUGUUUCUUAAUGGUAUUGCUUUAGCCUUACAUACGGUCUUACAGAAGGUUAGAGGUAAAUUAGAGACUAAACGACAUCGGAAGAGAAGGUCUACUCUUAAUAUUGCUUUAGAACCAGAGAAAGCUCCUUCUACACGUACGCCACCACCAAUGAUGCAGUUGUUACGGGAAGAGAACGAGCGGAUCUUAGAAUCAGUUCAGUAUACGGAAAGGGAAGUAGCUACUAUUCAAAGAAAGAUAUCUGAGAUAGAUACACUGCAGAAGUUAAUUACGCAAGAGAUAUUUUCGCAAGAUGAGCGAAUUGAUACUAUUUUGACCAAAACAACCUCGGCAUCAGUUGAUGUCCGGAUCAGUAAGAACUAUUUACGGAGUGCCACGGAGAGAAGAAAGGCUUCUCGGCGGUUUCUAUCCAUGUUAAUUUUGAUUUUUGCCCUGGUUCUGUUACUGUUGCAUUUCUCUAAAUAA